UGGAGGGAAGAACUGGAGAGGGGGACGAGUCCCUCCUUGACUGCUCAAAAGUCAAAAGCCGAUUCCCAAAAAUUUCAAAAUAUCAGAAAUCGAAUACAAGAUCCCCAUCAUUCUCUCUCUCCCCCCUCAGCAAUGGCGACUCUGGCGGUCCCCGAAAACCUUACCCGAGAUCAGUACGUCUACAUGGCCAAGCUCGCCGAGCAAGCCGAGCGCUACGAGGAGAUGGUAAAAUUCAUGGAAACCCUCGUGGUCUCUCACACCCCGUCCACCGAGCUCACCGUCGAGGAGCGCAACCUCCUCUCCGUCGCCUACAAGAACGUCAUCGGCUCCCUCCGCGCUGCGUGGCGGAUCGUGUCCUCGAUCGAGCAGAAGGAGGAGUCUCGGAAGAACGAGGAGCACGUGGUUUUGGUCAAGGACUACAGGUCCAAGGUGGAGGCGGAGCUGUCGGGGAUCUGCGCGGGGAUUCUGAGGCUGUUGGAGGAGAAUCUGGUGCCGAGCGCGGCGACGGGGGAGUCGAAGGUGUUUUAUUUGAAGAUGAAGGGGGAUUACCAUAGGUACAUGGCGGAGUUUAAGGUUGGGGAGGAGAGGAAGGAGGCGGCUGAGGAUACUAUGAACGCUUAUAAGGCUGCUCAGGAUAUUGCACUGGCUGACCUUGCUCCAACACAUCCCAUAAGACUCGGGCUAGCUCUCAAUUACUCGGUCUUCUAUUAUGAGAUUCUCAAUUCAUCCGAUAAAGCUUGUAGUAUGGCAAAACAGGCAUUUGAGGAAGCAAUAGCUGAACUUGACACUUUGGGUGAAGAAUCAUACAAGGACAGUACUCUCAUCAUGCAACUGCUCAGGGACAAUCUGACUCUUUGGACUUCAGACAUGCAGGACCAGAUUGAUGAGGCCUAAAGAUGUUUCACGUUGAUCGGUUGUUAUCUUCUCCAGCCGGAGGUGGGCUUUGAAUGUCAUUUGUUUGUGCUGACUACAUGUCUGUUGGUUGACAUUUUGGGGUCAACCCACGAACUGAUUGUCAUACUAGGGACUUAAACCGACUCCAAAUUUCUGAAGUGAUUUGAACCUUUUUUUUUUUUUUAUGGAAGUGUAGUUGCUAUA